UUUGAUCUGUAGUCAAUAAAGUAAGCCCUGUCAAAAGUUUACAUAAUUUGUCAGGAAAAUCUCAUUCUUGUUGAAAUUCGAUACAUUUCACUAGCACAUUAAUCUUCGAAGCUAAUUUUCAGGCUUUUCAUCAAAGUUAAAAUGCAAGCUAUUCGUCCCUUUUCAAAGCUUGCUGCACGCAAUGCGGCGUUUCUCACCCGUGGAUAUCAUGCACCCAGCAACUUUCAUCUGUGCACGAUGAAUGAAAUGCCAGUACCGGAAGGAGAUUUCUUUGAGGAACAUAAUCGCAAAAACCGUACCUACAAUGCGGUGCUUGCAGCCGGAGUAGUUAUCUUUGGAGUUACUCUUACAGUUGCCAAAGAAACUGGAUUAAUCUACUUAAACUACAAUGUACCAAAUCUUGAUUAGAUGAUACACUGAAUAUUAGAUCCUAUUGUGAUGUGCUAAAUAAAUAAUCUCAAUAAAA